AUGAAACUGUCAAAAUGGUUAAAGAAAAACCUUAAGGGAAACGUUAAGGAUACAUUAGAAGCAACUAUCGAAGGCUUGCUUGAAUUAAACCCACCGAUAAAUAGAAACUUAUCAGUAAGCAAGCAAAAAAAAGCGGUAAAACGGUCAUUACAAGAUUUAAAGGAUGAAAAGAUUCUGGGAGAAUGCGCACCAUUAAGCGCGUGGCUUAAUACUUCAGGAAAAAAAAAUAAAACCUCCCAAACUACAAAGGUCGUUGAUGAAAAUGAUCAUGCAGUCUUUAGAAAGAACAGAUUCUUCUCAAGUUCAUUUAAUAUCUCUUAUGGAUUCGCACCCGAAUCAGUGAAUGUCCAAAGUGUAAAUAAAACCGAUAAUAUACAAAGCAAAAAAACAGAAGAUAUACUUCGAGACGUGAAUAAUAAUGUAUCCCAAAGAAAUAGUGCAACAGAAGAUAUUCAAGAAACAAAAAGGAACGUCAAGCAAUCUAAACGAUCACCAUCGCCACCGCUCCCGCAAAGGUUUUCUUUUUCAGCCUCUGAACAAGGCUCUUAUGUAGAGCCCAUUCUCCAGCUCGUUGAAAGGGCAUUAUUUAAGUUUAUUACAAGACAUGAAACAAAUAUUCCCCUUAAAGUUGUAAAAGGAUUUGUUGCAAAGUGCAAUCCCCCUCGUCAAUCGGAUUUCUCCGAUGCUGACCUCCUUUGUCUCUUGAAUUUUACUAUACAUCACGUUUCAUUGUUUACAAAUCAAUCAGACAAAACAUUGUUUUGUGGUAAACACAAACUAAAUCCCUCAACUUUAUUGACAUCAUUCAAAGUAGAAGCGCGAAAUUAUAAUGCGCAUGCGAUAACUCAAACUAAUGGCCGAUGGGACGAUGAGAGGCUACAAAGACUUUCAACACUUGCGUUGGAAGUUUCUAUAUGUUUAGGUGCUCGAGAAGAGUAUGAAAAUCUUUUAGAAAUCAAAAAAAAACUUGACUUUGAAGUGAUGGAACGGUGGGUCACGACAGUUCAUGAAGAUGAUCCUAAAAUGAAAAAAAGGAAAAUAAGAGAUAUCGAGCUUGAAGAGCUGACGGAUUUCGCUUUAGAUGUGAUAAAUAAAUUAGAAUCUGAUCAAGAACAACUAAAUCGUAUUGUACACAUGGCGAUUUCUAAAGAUGAAACUCUUUUAAAUAUUUGGAGGUGUAUUGAAUCAAAAGAAAAAAAAGAUAAAAUUGAAAAAUUUAUUAAAUUGAUGAACAUAGAAUUUAAUAUGGUGUGA